CACAGUGCUGCUCCGUGGCCAGGGCUGGGAGAUAAAUGACUUACCCUGCUUUGAAAGCGUAAACCAAAGACUACAACUGAGAAAUGGAAAAAGGAUGGGAAGACUAGGUGAUUCCCACCCUGGUGACAUUGCCUCCCUUGGAACCCACCCCAACAGUCAUUCGGGGCUUGUAGGUGCACAGCCGUGAGAGUGAUGGGACAAGGUUUCUUUCUAGGGAGUAAGAAAUGUGCCUCAGAACUUGUGGUGCAGAUUUGGAAGGCCACUGAUGUACUUCUACAAAUCAGUUACUGCCUAGUUCCAGUAAGUGUCAUGUAUGUGGGACUGUUACAAUGGAUUUUCUUGCUUCUUCUCAUAUUUUCAGUCAUAACAAUGUGGUACAUCACGUUUUCUUCAAACACUGUGAUUGAACAUACAAACACCAUGUAUUUCUAUGAAUAUGAACCAGUUUACAAGCAACCGUACCUCUUCACGUCACGGGAACACUUGAAAUGCAAAGACAUAAAGCCAUUUCUAGUCAUCUUGGUGUCUUCAAGACCUAAUGAUGUGGAGUCAAGGCAGGCCAUAAGGAUAACAUGGGGAUCUCAGAGCUUCUGGUGGAGACAUCGGAUUCUAACCCUGUUCUUACUGGGUCAGGCAACUGAAAGAGAAGACAAGUCUGCAGCACUGUCAGUAGAAGAUGAAAGCAUCCUGUACGGUGACAUAAUUAGCCAAGAUUUUAUGGACACUUACAACAAUCUUACCUUGAAAACAAUUAUGGCAUUCAGAUGGGUGACUGAGUUCUGUCCAAAUGCUAGAUUCGUCAUGAAGACUGAUUCUGACGUCUUCAUCAACACGGGUAACUUAGUAAAAUUUCUUCUGAAGCUCAGCUCCUCAGAAACUGUUUUCACUGGUUAUCCUUUUAUAGGUAGCUUCGCCUACAGAGGCUUCUACAAGAAAACAUACAUCUCUUACGAUGAAUAUCCUUUCAGUUUUUAUCCUCCGUACUGCAGUGGCAUGGGUUAUAUAUUGGACGGAAACCUGGCUCUGAGGGUUUAUGAAAUGAUGAAUCAUAUCAAACCUAUUAAAUUUGAGGAUGUUUAUGUUGGAAUUUGCUUGAAUAUACUCAAGGUGAAUGUCAUCAUUCCAGAAGAACAACGGUUCUUUCUUUAUAAAAUUAAUUUUGAUAUCUGUAAGUAUAGGCAUUUGAUUGCAGUACAUGGCAUUAAGCCAAGUGAAAUGAUCCAGUUUUGGCAGGAUUUGUCAUCCAACACUUCAGUUACUUGCCUUUGAUUCUGUAUAAAUGUCCAUGAGCUUAAAGCUGUACCGUCUUAAACUUUGAAUUGUACUGCAGAAGUGUUCAACUAACGCACAGGGCCACACGAAACAAAAGCACGGUUGUUGAGCUGACUUUGGCUGAAGGACAACUGUGCUGCUGGGGGAAAGCUGCGAUGGCAGCAUUUCCCUGGGACAUUCUAAUAUUCUUAAGUGAAAAUAUCAGGAAUUCGCAAAGCACUUUUCCAUGUGUAUAUCCUAUGCAUGCAGGAUACUUCGGAAUAUGCUGUCCUGUCUUGCUCUGAUGCUUCUGCAUGCUGUCUGCUGUAACCAUGGGAUUUCUGCCUGAAUCUCCUCGAAUGUAUAAAAUGUCACAGGAGUUAUGUUUAUGCCAAGAAACUAGCUUGGAAGAUGCUUCUCAGGGUACUGCCUAACUUGAUUUCUUUUGUUGUUUUUGUGAACUGCAUCAUCCUUUGCUGCCUUCAGGUAUUUGUUCUCUGCCCAGCACGAAACUCGGAGCUACCUUCUUAUUGACACAUACCGCCUCUGUAAUCGUUCUGAGUGUUACAGGGCUCUGGAUUUGUAGGGUGUGCAGAAGCCAAGGGGAAGGUCUGAAAAUGGGAUGCACUCUGUGUGCAUGUGUGUGUAUAUUUAUAUACAUGUAAAACAGAAUUGAUUUGGUGCCUUACAAGUAGCAUUAGUAACGUUCACAGACCAUUAGAGGUCUGGCCCCAGAAUACUCCAUGUGCAGUUUGGGCCCGAGACAUCCCUAACGCAGUGGCAUCAUCAGGUACCGCAGAUAUCCGUACAUGUGUGUAUGUGCUUGUGUGCUGAUGCAUCCCGAGGGGUACUGGAACCACACUUCACAUCCAUUCAAAACUUUAUAUCCAUUUCAGAAAUAGUCUUCUUGCUUCAAGUUUUAAAAUGAAAGCAGUAUGAAGUUCUGGGCUUCUAACGUAAAGAAGACAAAGUGUACUGUAUCUGUAAAGAUGGGUAUUCUAAUCACUUUAUUCAUAUCGGCAAGACCAAGGUUUCAGUAGUUUACACUUCUAAUAGACAACAAUACAGAAUUUGCAAUUACAUUAACAUAAUUAUUCUAGACACAUCUACUACACAGCGGAGACUAUAGUUACAUCCUGUACAUCCAGAAUGACAGAGCACUGCCACUUUAUUUGUACUAUAGCUAACGUGUUAUGACAUAUUUACAUUUGGCUGUCUUUCAGAUAGUCUCUUAGAGACAAAUUAGAAGAGGUACAGAAGCCUCUGGUACCAAGACUGAGGUUUCACCAAUGUUUUUGUUACGUUGUGGUUAUGGUCAGUAUUGAAUUCUGCUGUCUUUUCAAUAACUGUACAUAGUUUUAUGAUGGAAGUAUAGGACUUUUUUUUUAUAUAUAUAAAAAUGAUGUAUUGGGGAAAAUACUGCCUAGACAAGUAUUUCAGGUUUCAGUGUUCUAAGAAUGUAUGCUAAGAGGGUCAAAGCUUUUCAAAAAUACAUAUAUAUUUUUGUUAAACCAAAUAGCUAAAGAUACUGCAUUGCAUAACUGAGAAAAGAAUGCUAUUGUAGCUCCCGAAACAGAGGUAAAACUACAGCUAUUCCUAUUGUUUUAGGAUCCGUUAUUUGAUUGUUGUAGAACUGUGGUCAGAUCCUGAGAGCUCUGUGAGAAACGGUUAACUUGCUCUUUGAUUGUUUAUACCCCUAAAUAAAAAAAAAAAAAGCAUUUUUUUUUAAGCCUGCCAGGUAAAAUGUUUAGAAAUAAAUUGUUUGUCACAAGAACACUGAUACUACAGCAUAGUUUGUAUUGCUUUUUCAAAAAAAUGUGGUUAUGAAAGACUAUGCAAUCUGCAGCAACUGGGUAGAUAAAGCAGACAGUGCUCCUGGUGAGAGAAUAAAAACCAGUACCCGCGAUAAAUGGCUGUGCAGUGCUGCAGUAAAACUGUGACCGUCACCAAGCAAGGUAGUUUUAUAUUUGCACCCCAGGAUGAUAAUGCUGAUCAUAGAUUACAAGGCUUUUGCUUUCACAAACGCAGCUUUAUCACACAGUGAUCUGUUUAUGCCACCUGAAAUUGUCAUUUAAAGGGAACAUCAGUUCUGCAAGAAAGUUGCACUGCAAAGUAGUCCCGAUUCUGCUUUUUUUUUUUUUUCUGAAACGCAUUUCCAAAUCUAGUUUGUCUUUGAGUCUGACCUUAUUAUUGCUUAGAAGGCUGGAAAAACACACAACUAAGCUAAUGUUUCUGCUUAAAGCAAGCAUCGGGAGAGUUUCUAGUGUGAGCAGCCAUGCAACAGGUAAAAGAGCUUAACACUGGGAACUAAUACAAGCAUUUAAAUCAGUGGUGGGCCCAAAUUUUAUAGCAUCUGCUUACUGAAAAUGAUGCAUAAACCACAGGCUAAGAUUUUUCCAAAUCCUAAUAUUCUUUUUACCGUGCACGCAGGUAGCUCAGAAAGCCAUAUUAACAUAAAAUGCCAAGCAGUUACGAUGUUGAUAUGAAGAGUGUCAGGCUUUCUGUUUUGAAAAGCCUGAUAAUCCAUUGGUCAAAGAUGUUUGGGAACUACUUCAGGGUGAACAGCAAAAGGUUUACAGUCUGGCAUUUCAAGCCGGUAUUGCCCGUACGUUAUUUCAGAGAGUUCCUAAGUCAAAAUGCUUCUGUGUGUUGUGUGCGUUUUAGAAUAAACAAGUUCAGUAUAAGCCACGAAGUGUGUGCUGCAAAUUCGGAGGCGUUAUUCUCUACAACCAGCUCAGUGUGAGAGCACACAGACAGGUGGGCACAUCUUCCUAAGUUUUAUGGUAUGCUCUCUAGUUAGUACUAAAAGAUGUCCGUGCAAGCGGUAAGUAACUCACAAAUGGAUGUACAGUAAAUGAUGUAAUUUCAUCAUAUUUUAAAAAAAAAUUAAACUAGAAGCUGCUUGCAGGUUAACCGACCAAAGUGACACCGAAUUGCUGAUGCGCCUACCAGGUAUGGGUAUGUUAGCGAUGGUGAAGGCGGUGGGGAGGCAGAGCUCUACUCCCUAUUUUUCAUCUGUUUUUGUCUGACCAGUGUGUACCGCUUUGGUCAUUUAUUAAGUUUGCUGUGAUUUGCUUACAGUUGGGGAAAGAGAUGGAAAGCUUUCUGCAGUCUGACUGUUAAGCUGGUCAAGUUGUAAUGCAGUUACUGGGUGUUGCACAUUAAGCUGUAAGCCAGAGCUGAAUGAAAGGGCUCCAUGUAGGAAGGAAAGCAAACAGAGUUAAAAUGGAGCACGGCAGAUGGUUUAUUUGCCCGUUACGUGCAAUUGAGUCCUCAUUUUAAAGAAACCUCAACUUGGGAAAAACAAACAGAAAAAAUAUAUUGGGUUUCUGAAAAUCAUAAAGACGCUUUCUUUCACAGGACUUAAAGCACAGUCUGUCUGAGACACUGCUGUUCCGUGAGUCUUAGCUAAAGGCCCUGUCCACCUGCAACUCGUACGAGGAAACAUUCUAUCUUUUGUAGGGCAGUUUGUCUCACCUGCACUUAUGGGACUGAACUUAAUUUUCUUGUUAUAAAAUAAGCAUUUAAGAACACAGCGCUCACCCCAGGCGACCUCUCCUGAGCGGGUCUGUGUCUCAGCACUGUUUACCUCCGGCCUUCCCACAGUUGCUACGCAGCACGUUCAUUUUCCAGGCCACAUUAA